AUGAACCAGUAUCAAAACCCCUACUCGCCUGGCCACCAUGGUGGUCCAGCACCACCUCCCACUGAUCCGGUCGCGUUCGGGCAUGGGGCUCCACAGGGAUACAGUUUCCAGUACUCUCGGUGCACCGGUAAGCGGAAGGCCUUGCUGAUUGGAAUCAACUAUUUCGGGCAGAAGGGGCAGCUGCGCGGUUGUAUCAACGAUGUCAAGAACAUGUCGACGUAUUUGAACCAGAACUUUGGCUACGCGCGCGAGGACAUGGUGCUAUUGACGGACGACCAGCAGAAUCCCAUGAGCCAGCCUACGAAGGCUAACAUCCUGCGGGCCAUGCAUUGGUUGGUCAAGGAUGCGCAGCCGAAUGAUUCGCUCUUUUUCCAUUACUCAGGUCAUGGUGGUCAGACUCCGGACUUGGAUGGCGACGAGGAAGACGGAUACGAUGAAGUCAUCUACCCGGUCGACUUUCGCCAAGCCGGCCACAUUGUGGACGACGAGAUGCACCGGAUCAUGGUCCGCCCACUACGUCCGGGAGUACGCUUGACCGCAAUCUUCGACUCGUGUCACUCGGGCUCCGCCUUGGACCUCCCCUACAUCUACUCGACACAGGGUAUCCUCAAGGAGCCCAACCUGGCCAAGGAGGCUGGACAAGGGCUGCUGGGGGUGGUCUCAGCCUACGCGCGCGGCGACAUGGGCGGCAUGAUGUCUACCGCGGUCGGGUUCCUGAAACGCGCCACCAAGGGCGACGAGGCCUACGAGCGAUCCAAGCAGACAAAGACCAGCCCGGCGGACGUCAUCAUGUGGUCCGGCAGCAAGGACAGCCAGACCAGCCAGGACGCCCAGAUCGCCGGCCAGGCCACCGGCGCCAUGUCCUGGGCGUUCAUCACCGCUCUCCGGAAGAACCCCCAGCAGAGCUAUGUACAGUUACUGAACAGUAUCCGGGACGAGUUGGCGACCAAGUACUCGCAGAAACCGCAGCUGAGCUGCAGUCAUCCAUUGGGUAAGCAGUAG